UCCUCAUUUGAUGAUUCUGGGAGAAUUAUGGCGGGAAACCUUGUAAGUAGAAUUGGCGUCAGAUAUUAAAUGAAAGCUGUGAAGAACUCGAACAUUAAUAAAAGAACUUCUGCAAAUUACAUUUGUGUCCAAAUUACAUUAGAGCCCCGGACUAAACGGAUUUCUCUACGACAUGGAAGCGCUAUAUUCAAGCAGAAACACACACACCAACGAUUCCAAUGGUCGCAGAGAGGGAUUUUACCAUUCUUUGGAAUUACCAAAUGAUUUUUAUUUGAGGAAUUCUGUCGGUGUUUAUACGUUACAGGGUCUUUUAGGAUCGCAACAUAAUCCACGAGAUGUCAGUGACGAUAUGGGGGAGACACCAGACGGUGAAGGUGAUUUUGACGGGAAUAGAUAUCCGAACUCAGAUUUUGAGAGAUCGUGUGGAGCGGGUAACGACGAAGGGGGUAAGGGUGCCGGUAACCUCCCGACGGUCACCAGUCAAACUAAUGCCAAUAACCAUCGUUUUAACGUAGAAAACCUCACCAAAUUCGCUGACAACAACUCAUUACAUGUUCCCAACAGGAGGAAACAGAGAAGAUACAGAACAACGUUCACCAGUUUACAACUUGACGAAUUAGAAAAGGCAUUUCAAAAAACACAUUAUCCAGACGUUUUUUUCCGAGAAGAAUUGGCGUUAAAGAUUGACCUUACCGAGGCAAGGGUUCAGGUCUGGUUUCAAAACCGUCGGGCAAAAUGGAGAAAACAGCAAAAAAUAGAAAAUAAAGACUCCGGCAAUUCUCAAGCACUGCCGCCCAACACAAAGAUUGGUCGAACCACUGGCAUUUCUUCAACACCAAACACCACAACCGUCACGCCCAUAACAAGCAUGUCUUUAUCUAACAUGUAUCUCCAUGGUAACCUGGGAAUCGAUUGGCAGCAACCUUUCACAUCCAGCCUGGGAGCUUCGUCUUUCCAGACGUUUCUCAACAAUCAAAAGUCGACCAAUAACAGAUCCCCCUUUAUUGACGUUCGAGAGUCACCAAACCAAGAGCACAUCAGGAGCACGUGCGGAUCAGUGGAUGCUGGUGGCCAUUCUUCGGAGUCUGAUCCUAGAUCGUCCAGUAUUGCCCAGUUACGCCUGAAGGCCAAGGAGCACUCCCAAGCCAUCAUUACCCAGUAAUAUCGAACAAUAAACAAAAACUCAACCAGAAAACUACUUAUUCUUAGGCCCAUUUGUCUCUAAAGAAAAUUGAUUUGGUCAUAUCAACGUUUAGGGGAAGCAAA